AUGGCUGCCGACAUCGCUUUUUUAGUGAGCUCAUAUUUGGACGGUAACAAACCCACAAAUUUGAGUAUUUCAACUUUAUUAGAGGCAGUUUCAGAAACCCAAAGUCUUCAAGGAAGUGGAUGUACUAAAGAAUGGAUAGGAAAGCUGAAUAGCUUGCUGAAUUCUAAUAAUGACAGGUGGUUAGGCAUAGCCUUGCUUGGACCGACCCUACAACAGUGCAAUACAGAUGUGUUUACUGCUAACUGUAUAUCAUGGAUGAAAGUUUUGCAGCACAUUUUAGAGUUGCCAACAUCGUCUCUCAGUUUGAUUCAAACUUCUGUCACGAUAUUGGAUGACCUAAUGAGAUAUACAACACAGUUUCCAGAGUUAAUGAGAAAUACUUCCAACUCUACCAUUCCAGCAAUACUUUCAGCACUUUUGUCACUUCAAGGAAAGGACACUGUUUGCUCAUUGGUUGGUAUUUGUGCAUGUCUGAAAUAUUUUCCUGGACCAUCUUCACAGUUUAAGACCCAAAUUGAAGACUAUUUGAUAUCAUGCUUGGAUAGAAAUAGUCCAAACAUCAGGAAGUAUUGUGCACAGUGUUUUGCUCUUGUUGCUGGUUUGAGCAAUAAUCAAAAUGACAAGCAAAAAAAGAACUGGGACUUGCAGUGGUACAGAGUGGUUGGUACACUCAAUGUUACUUUAGACAUUUUACAUGCUUAUGAAAGCACCACAUCAGAAAUCAAAAUUAUUGAAACACUUCCUGUUAAAACUAUUGAAACUGAUGAGCCUAAAAAAACCAACACAUGUACAUCUAGACUGAGAUCACUGUUGAAAUGUCUUGAUGCAAUGAUCAGACAAGGGUCAAGAAGAGUAAGCAUGGUUCCAUUAGAUAUUACUAUAGCAUUACUGGAAAGAGUAUUAUCAUUAAAUGGAAAGAUGCUUAGAGGAAGUAUUUCAGUGGAUAAUGUUCUCUUGCAAGGCUGCCUACCACUCAUCCAUUUAGAUGCUGUACAUCUGUUGUGCUCACUUGUACAAAGAUGUGGCAGUCUUUUGCUACCAAAUGCAAACAGGAUUGCUAAACUGAUGGUCAAUGAACUCUCUUGGAUGUCAGAUAAGCACUUGAAUGCUUCACAGAAUGGCUCAAUAAAGCCAUAUAGUAACCUUAGCUGUGCAGUGUAUGACUGUAUUCUACACUGGGGGCAGCUCAAUGCUGGUUUUCAUGAAGAUGUUAUCAAAGAUAUAACUAGAUAUUUGCUGAAAGAGAUAAAAGUUGGUAAAAACAUUGAAACCAAGCUCAGAGCUGCAUCAGCAGAAGGAAACAAGCAAAAAGGACUGUCAAAAAAGGGAAAGAAGAGGAAGAUGCAAGCUGAGAUUGAACAGUUAAGCACAAAUCCUGAAAAGAGUGAUGUAUAUUGCAAUGAAAAACUUUGCCAUGCAGCUCUUACUACUUUAUUCAGUGUCAUGAUGAAUUUUGGUGACAACAUGAAAAAAGGAACAUUUCAGGAGAUACAAUUGACAUUGCUAGAGGUUGUUAGUCUAUUCCAGCCAUCCUCACAAGGUGUCUUUCCACAACCUUACAAUAGUCCUGAUUGUCGUAAGGAGAUCUAUCAUUGUUUGCUUGGAUGUGUGCUGUCAAGGCCAUCAGGUGCUCCUAAUGCUAUCAGCUGUGUUAUUAAAUAUCUUAAUGAUGGCUUACAGGACAUGAGUUUCCAGGUGUCAAAUUACUGCAGAGAAGCAUUAACCAUCACUACUGCAUUGAUACAUCCAGUUGUACCAUCAAUUGAAGUCRCAACAAAGUCYUUGAUAUUCACAAACCAUGUGGUUCAAGAAAUAUCAGCUGCAAGUCAUCAUGAACAAAUCAUUGUUGAAGCCUCAGAAAGAUUAGAAGAGGAGAAGAGACAAAUGCUGAGCGAUUCCAUUCAAGAUGUUCAAAUAAGUCAAAAAACCUUAGAUUCAAAUCACAAUCAGCGUCUUCAAGAAGACAACUCUCCAUUUUCAAAAAAACCUCAAUCAGUUGCUCAAAAGACAAUAAAUGAGCAAACUCUACAGACUAAUAUUAGGGAUUCCUCAAUAAUUGAGCAAAACAUUGAAAACUCUUCCUAUCAAUCAAGCACAGAGUCAAACAAAAACAGUGUUAUACAUGUGGAUUGUAGCAACAGCAUGUCAAGUAAACAGACUGAAACAAAUGAACAAAAGUUACACAGAACAAGUCAAGUUUCAUUAGGAUCUGAACUUCCUGGAACUUCCUCUUUGAAUAUCGAUCUUAAUUGUCGUGAUGGUAUGGUAGAUGAUAAUAGUGGAACAAUUGACGAGAUCAUCCCUGUAAAGAGAGCCAAAAUCAACCCAGAUGUCUACCAUAGUGUAGGUGACAAGGCAAAGACAGCUAGUGAUACGCAAAUGGACAAACAACAGCAGGAAAUUCAGGAUACUGAUGAUGUGAGUGAGAUGAUUGCUUCUUUUGUUAAUUCUUCACCUGACUCUGAUUAAUUCAAAUAAAACGAAUUGAGGUACACUC